ACGCGGAAACAAUCAGUUUAUCUUUACAUAGUCAAUCACUUUUGGAAUUUCACCCAAAGGCUGUCUGACGCAAGCUGCAGGCACACCUUUAAGAUUGGUAUAAAAUGAGCCCAGUUUAUGGGGAGGAUCAAUAGAAGGUGCUUGAGAGAGACCCAAAGAGAGGUAGUGCCAGUCAAUAACUGUAACGCCACAAAACUCAACUGAAAUUCACCACAGAUUAGCAACUCUCGAACUUGCAGCGAACAAAAGUCCAAGAAAGCAUUGCUGACCGGGAAUAUUUAACCGAAAAAGCAGGAUGAUGAGGCUGAGGGUAAUCCCAUCACUGGGCUUUCUCCUCCUGUUGUCUCUGUGUGACUUGGUCUCGAGUCUGGGCUGUGGCUCCAACGUGCCCUCACUUUACACCAACCUGUGUGACCUGGACGCCGUGUGGGGGAUUGUGUUGGAGGCCGUGGCAGCUGCAGGGAUUGUGGUGACCAUCGCCCUGAUGGUACUGUUCCUGUUCCUGAUCCCCCACGUCUCCAAUCCCAGGAAGAGGUCCACCCUCCCCAUCCAGUUCAUCUUCCUCAUCGGCACCUUGGGAAUCUUUAGCUUGACCUUCGCCUUCAUCAUCAAGCUGGACCACAGGACGUGUCCCACCAGGAUCUUCCUCUGGGGGGUGUUGUUCGCCCUGUGCUUCUCCUGCCUGCUGGCCCACGCCUUUAGGGUGUUGAGGCUGGUGCGUGGCAAAUCGGGUCUCUCUGUGUGGUGUUUGCUUGGCUUGGUGGUAGGGUUGACCCUGGUUCAAGUCAUCAUUGCGAUUAUAUGGCUGGUUUUGACCAUAGAGCGAAACAGCCAGCCUUGCCAGUACAGCCCCGACGUCUUUGUCAUGCUGCUGAUCUACGUAAUGUUCCUUAUGGCCUUGACCUUCAUCCUUUCCAUCUGUGGCUUCUGCGGACGCUACAGCAAGUGGAAGAAGCACGGGGCAUACAUUUUCGUCACCCUGCUCCUCUCCAUCUGCAUCUGGGUGGUGUGGAUUGUCAUGUUCGUGCGGGGGAUCGACCUGCUAAACAAAAGACCAGUAUGGGACGACCCGACCUUGAGCAUUGCCCUGGUCGCCAAUGGCUGGGUCUUCAUCUUCUUCUACGUCUGCCCUGAACUACGACACCUCACCUGCCCGGCCAAGCCUGACGAAGGGCCAGAGGAACAGGGACCUAAAGGCAAGCAGCCGAAAGGAGUAGACAACCAGAUGUUCAUCAUGGAGCAAUCCAACCAAGCCAACGGGACCAACCCCAGUUUCCAGAUUCCAAACGCAAUGUACAGCAACACCAUCCCGGGUACCCCGGGUGACUUCACCAUCCCCAGACCGCAGACCCGACCCAUCUAUUAAACGAGCCCUCUCGACAGCGAGCGGGAUGGAUUGCAGAGUGGAACGAGGCUUACGCUGCAGAGCCCCGAGGAGAUCAACAGCUGGACUCCCUCCCCAACACGAAACAUGCCUGGCUCGGCCUCAUGUCCUCUGUCACGUUGCCCACGUUGGGAGUGAGCGACUGAAAGGAGUGGUCAGCCAGUGAUUCGGUGCCUGGCAGGGGAUGUGCAUCUCUCUGAUCACCCGUACACCCCCACACAAACCUUGUGCCAUUAACCCAUUCAAGAGCUGCCUGUGUCCCACAUGAAAUCCGCCAAGUCUCAGCUGCACUGGAGAGUAUGAGCAUAUAUAUAUAUAUACAUACACACAUUAUAUUUUUGCAUGCAAGGACUUAAUUAUCACAAAUAAACCGUUUACAGCCCAUGGGGUUUAUGGCGGAUGUAAUUUGCGAUGGUUCUUAAGCAAUGAAGACGGUCCUUGUUCUGCUCACUGGAAGGCCAUCAGCACAUCACAGAGGGACCUUAGAUUCCCAGACAAGAGAUUGGCUUUGAGUGCGGGAGUUGUCCUGAUUAAGAAAUGGAUUUCUUAUUUAAGAAAGAUCGCAAGUUAGAUCCCCUUGUACAUAUCAGCACUCAUGCUAUAAUGAAUGUAUCUAAACGCUGAAGGUGAUGGAGUUCAGAGCUAAAGAACGACAUAAAUUGCCUUCAGAAACCUCCUUCCUCUCUUUCUGUCACUGCACUUGUUAGUAAUUGAUGUAUAACUGUAUAUGCCGUGCAUUCCUGUGACUUUUGAUAUAAUCUGUCUGUACCAGAGUUUUAAUACCAGUGUUUGUACAAUUCAUUCAGACUGAAAUUUAACAUUAAAAAUGUUUUUAAGCGA